AUGGGGUGGAACUCUUUCUACCCUUUGGGUUGUGAGGCUAACGUAAAUCGUAAGGAUCUGUUGUGGCAUGCAGACUUAAUGGAUCAAAAGGGAUUCAUUAAAGCAGGAUACAAAACAUUUAUAGUUGAAUGUGGAUGGGAAAGAGAUCUGAAGAUAAAGGAGGAUUACAAGAUAGAAUAUAGACCUUGGAAAAAAGCCCACUGGAGCCUACAAAAGCCAGAUAAGCCUGAUACUCUUGCUGCAAAUUUGAACCCAAAAGGACUGGGUCUUGGUCUUGGCACAUGGGGAGGAAAACAAUUAUGCCCCAGGACCAACGAUGAGGGAUCUGGUGUGGAUCCUUUGAGCAAUGCUGAUGAUUAUUUAACCUAUUUGGUCAAUGUUCGGGGUGCUGCCUAUCUUUCACACAGACCUUGUGACUUGGCAUCACCAGCAAGAUUGCAAAACAUUGACCAGGCCACAGAAUUGAAUGGACGCUAUAUUGAAAUGGAAAACAUAAUAAGCCGCCAUGCUUUUCAGAGUAAACUGUUUUAUGCGUUGGGUAAAAAUAGCACUGGACAGUGGGGUGCUUCACCAAAAGCCACCAAGACUGAAGUCAACACUGAAUUUGCUUUUCUAUUUCUAAACAGCAUCCGGACAAUCAAUGCACUUUACCCAUAUUCCCUACAGAAUCAGGGCCCAUACAAUGACCUUGGAUGGCUCCAAGUGGGUGAUAACAAACUAUCAAUGGUUGAGAAGAUAACUCAAUUUUCAUUUUGGGCAGCGGCAAAAUCUCCCCUCAUAUUCUCAAGCGACAUCUCCCGUCUUGGACAAGCUGAAAUUGAUACUUUGCAAAAUCCAGGGGCAAUUGCUAUAAAUCAAGAUGAUCUAGGCCAAACCAUAACCUUAAAACACCAAUAUCCUGCUGAUAUGGAUGUAUGGAGUGGGCCUUUGAAGGAUGGAAACACAGUUGCAGGAAUUUGA